AUGGAGAUUGAUUCAAAACUUUACGUUCUACAAUAUCCUCUGAGACCGUCUUGGCGUCCAUACGAAAUGGAUGAACGAUGUGAAGCAGUUAGAGUGAAUCCUUCUACCUCCCAGGUGGAAAUUGAUUUGUCUUUGGAUGACCAGUCAAAUAACUUUGAUUCCAACAAAGCACGUGAAUUAAAUAUGACUAAGCAGACCUUGACAACAACCUGGAAGCCGCCUACUGCGUUGGAUUAUGUUGUUGGUGUUCUUUCGGGUGAUAAGUUACACUUCAACCCUGUUCAUGCUGUUGCUCAGCUCCGACCGUUGAUGCAGUAUUUUUCAUCCAUAAACAAGCAAGCCGAAGCUACUGAAGAAUCUGUUGGAACGUCGAAAAAACAGAAAAUAAUCGAGAAAAAGGGAGUGCAGGCGUCAACGGAUCAUAAACCAAUUCCUGAAGACAAUUGGGUUUCACUCAAGUAUCAUGGACUUCAAUCCGAUUUGUGCUCCAGAUAUCUUAAAGGAAUGAUGGCGAAUGAGAACUCUUCAAUAGACUUCAACAUGAGCCCUGAGGUUUAUAUCAACUCGCUGUGCCGUGGGGAAAGAAGCAGAAACUAUGAAUCGAAAGAUUCAUUGAAAAGGAUCAUGACCUCCCUACCGCUUGAAGAACGUGUGCAAAAGCUUCUCUGCCAGGGACCACCGUUAUUUCGAUACAAUGUUCUUAAGCAUUAUGCGCCAGAGUUCUCAGACGAGGAUUUCUUAAGGGUUCUCCAACAAUAUGCCUGGUUGGUUCAAGGUUUAUGGACUCCCAAAACUAGGCUACUAAAACUAGACGGCCCCCUAGAGCUUUCCAGGGAUUAUGUCUUGAUGCUGUUUAACAAGGAUUCAACCAUAAAGUUCUCUAACGUUGAAGCAACUGGUUCCCUUAGAGACAAAAUGAAAACUAUGUUGACUGUAUUUGCCAAGGAAAGACCUCUGUUACGUGAUUGGAAGUUCAGAGAGCCGACUGAUGUUUCCUUCCUUAAAUCGUACCCGGAAAUUGCCAAGGAGCAAGCAAGUUUUUGGCAAGCUAUGGAGGUCAAGCUUACAUCAGUUAUAACCAAAAAAGGAAAAAGUAUAGCUGAAAACAAGAAGAAUGUUGUAGUGAAAAAUCCUUCAGCUACAGCUAAACCAGAGCCCCCAACAAGACUCUCUGACAAAGGAGGAAGUUCAAGAAAUACAAUACCUUGUGUUGUUGGACAAGAAGAUAUUAUUAAGAGCGCGAUAACAAAGGCAUUGAAAAAGGUUUUUGAUGAACAUCACCAAGUUUGCAGCUACGAGACGAUCUGCCAAAGACUUAGGGAUCUUGCAGUUUCCACAUCGAAUAAUCCAAAAGCUGAUUCAGCUACCAGACAAUCUGCCAAAGACGUGGCGUUAGCUGUUGAUGCUCACAAGGAAGAGCUGAAACAAGUUAUAAAUGAAGUGGCUGUAGACAUUAACGGCUCUUUUGUCUCCAAGUCGUCUCCAUGCCAUCCACAAUUUGAUACUCUCAGGGAGGUGGUGAUCGAGCUCUUACAUGGGGUUGGACAUGGAAAGAAGCUUAUGAAGGCUCAUGUAUUUGAAGCAGGCAAGACCCGACUUGGUCGUGUAAUCACCAACAAUGAAUACCAAAAGGUGAUGCAGGACAUCUGUAAAACCAACUCUUCAGGAUGGGUUUUACAGAAAGCUAAAUGA